AUGUCGAACCUCACAAGAGCAUUCACCCGGCGCAAUAAGCGCCCAGAAGUGUCCGCACCCAUGCCCUACCGUGGCGAAGGACAUGUGCGACUUAACUCGGGAAGUAUAAAGCGCAGCAAUAUAUCUGGACCGGUCCAGCUCUUGUCCACAACCAACAUGCUAGCCUACAACGCACCCGAUCUCACAAUGAGCGGCUCUUCAUCUGCCUCCUCACUAGGAUCGCGCGACGACUCCGACAUGGCCUUCUCCCCGCAAAGCUACGCGUCAUCUAUGUCCUCGCCGGACGUCUCUCCUCACGGGAGCUCUCCCAUUGACGCAAACCCAGCGACGUCGUAUUUCCCCAAGCGCACGGCCACGGUGACAAGCCACCCGCGCUCCUCCACGUCCUCGUCAACAGAUGCUCCACUGGUGCCCAAGCGGGCUCUGUCCCACACCAAGCGCUCACACCAGGAGCUUGCCCACAAGCGCUCGGUCUCCAGGAUGUCCCCACCUCCACUGAAUGCCGCGCGCAACACACCGGGCAUUCGUGCAACGCAGGAAUUCUUCCAGGCCGAGCCGCAUCCAUUCGGCAAAGAGCUAGAGCAGGUGAACGAGGUUGUAGAGGAAUUUGGGGGCCUCAAUAUGCUCGAUGAUGAAGAGCGGAUUCUAUACGCCAAGGGGCUCAAGAAGUUUUCUGUCGAGGAUUAUCUUGUGGAAGUUGAAGAACUGUACGGCAGCAUUUUCGAGGACACACGUGGACCUAUGACCACAUCUUGGUUCUAA